GUGCGCAAGUUCUAAAAAGCAAACAGGAGCCUUUCGUCUAGAACCCAUAGGAAAAAAACCGGAGAUUCGAACGUUCUAACUGAAAAGUUUAACUGAGUUUUCUUCUUGGUGGAAUAAAGCCCAGAAAGACCAGAAUACGAAGCGCAUUGAAAAGAUUAAAAAUUUCAAGCAGCAACGGAUGUUGAGCGUUAUUUAGUGAGAUACCGUUCUUUUGAAUAAUUUCUAUUAUUUGGCUCCACAUUCUGUUCGUGAGGACAGAAAUAGAAGAGUUAUGGAGAAUGAUUUAAAAGAAUUUUGUUUGAGAUGGAAUAAUCAUCACAACACAUUAAUAUCAGUGUUGGAUUCCCUGCUGAUGAAGGAGAGACUUGUUGAUGUCACAUUGGCAGCAGAAGGGCAAUUCAUCAAUGUCCAUCGAAUAGUGUUGUUUGCCUGUAGCCAGUAUUUCGAAGAACUUCUAAGCCAAUUGCCAGACAAACAAGCAGUUAUUUUUCUAAAAGAUGUCGAGUUUGCUGAUCUUAAAGCUUUAGUUGAUUACAUGUAUAGGGGUGAGGUGAAUGUUUCCCAAGACAGAUUGGAAAUUUUCUUGCAAACAGCCGAUUCCUUGAAAAUUAAAGGCCUAGUUGACCAACAACAGCUUAAAAAGUUUACUGUCAGCUUCCCAGAGGUAUUAUCACCCUCAAAUGUUAAAGCCAAAAUGAAUGGACCAAAAACGUCUCAGAUUUUGUCAGAACCACAUUCCAAUUCUGGAAACAGAGGUGACUCUGUUCACUCUUCAUCAAAUCCUCAAUCUUUCUUAUCAUCUUCAAGUCAGAUGAUGGAAGCAUCAUUGAACGAUAAUGAAGAAGAGAAUGAGCAGCAACAUCGCAUAGAGGGAGGCGGCGAAGAAAAUGGCGAUGAUUUAGAACCUGGUGUGAUGGUGGCUGAGAUGGAACCGGAUGAUAAUUUUGUUUCUGUGAUUACCGGUCAGGGUGAAAACAUAGACUCCGAGUUCGGCGAUGAUUAUUUUGAAGCUACAGAAAAUUGGUCGUCCCAAAACGUUGAAGAUGAAUUUUUGAAUAAUUCUCAAGAUGGAUUUAAUACAUUAUUAGGAGCCACACACACGGGGGAAGGAACUGAUGCAUGGAUUUCUACACCCAAUGAAACUGCUGGACCUUCAAAACACAAAUGGGCAAAAAGAAAAUCCUUGUCUUCCAAAGCUUCCUUGUCGUCGUCAAGAGCUGAAGCAGGAAAUAGCGAUCGACCUACAAAUUGCGGAUCGAAUGAAAAAUUUCGGUACAAAGAGCAAUCUAUACCGAUUACUGUCGAUGGAGCUCAACAUGAAACGAGCGUUAACAUGUGCCCGUGUGGACGGAGUUACACGAAGCGUAAAAAUUAUGUAAGACAUAUAACAUUCGAAUGUGGAAAAGAAGCGAGCUUUGCGUGCCGUUAUAAGGAUUGCAGGUCCCGUUUCAAGCGAAAGGAUAAUCUCAAAGUCCAUAUGGACCGGGUUCAUCUUGGUGACAGACAUUCCUUGACCACAUUAGUCGAUGAAGACCUCUCGAUUCCAAGUUCUCCGGUCCUCGCCGUAUGCGAAAAAUUAUAAAUCAAAUCCUUUCGCUGCUGAUCAUCAUACUGGAGGUAGCUGCAACUGAAACUGACGUGAUAACUGCAUUAUAUAUUUUUUUUGCGAGUGAAACUGAUGUAAUUCUUUUAAACUUCGCCACUAAUUUUUCUUUCAGUACAUGAUUGCAUUAUAUAGGAUGCCUUCUAAGGAGGAAAUAUCUUUCGAAGUGCAGAUAAGUAAGUAUUAUUAACUGGAUCCAAGUCAACUAUUCUGUUACGGCUGUUUUGUUACAACCCAAUUUUAAAAAUUAAAAUUCUGUCGCUAAUGGUG